UUAUUUAAUUUUUACGAUUUAUAUUUAUUUUAGGACAUCAUUAAAUUCGAGAUAGUCCAUUGUUGAAGAGCUGAAUGUUACAGAGGUAGUCAGUCUACGGCGUACGAAAGCAGAUUUAUAGUUUGAUACGACGUCGUAUUGUCGUCGUUCUUCUCUUCUCUUAUAAUAGUCAGAUUCUGUGUACGGUCUACUUUGUGGUUGGGGACACUUCCUGCAACAAAAAACCCUAGAGAGAUCAAUUGUCCAUGGACUUUGGCCUAACAGGCUAAUUUAUUGCAUUGCAUUAUGCAUCUGCAGUUUACAUGACAAACUUUGAAGUAUGAAGCAAGGGCAAAAAAUUCCUGGGGCAUCCCUCUCUUUUUUUAUAGCCAGUUGAUUUGCUGGGAUAUCAAGGUGGGAAGAGUUACGCUGUACACGUCAAGAUCAUGCUACAGGCUUCAGAGAAAAAAUUUCCCCUUAAUGCUGACGAUUAUAAGUUGUACGAGGAAGUUGGGGAGGGUGUCAGUGCUACUGUUUAUAGAGCUCUUUGUGUUCCACUUAAUGAGACAGUUGCAAUUAAGGUUCUUGAUCUUGAGAAGUGCAACAAUGACUUGGAUGGUAUUCGGCGAGAGGUACAGACGAUGAUUUUGAUUGACCAUCCAAAUCUCUUACGAGCGCAUUGCUCCUUCACCACUGGUCAAUACCUAUGGGUUGUGAUGCCAUACAUGUCUGGGGGAUCUUGCCUUCAUAUCAUGAAAUCAGAUUAUCCAGAAGGUUUUGACGAGCCUGUUAUUGCUACAACCUUACGCGAGGUACUCAAAGCUCUUGUGUAUCUUCAUGCCCAUGGACAUAUUCACAGAGAUGUGAAGGCUGGGAACAUAUUGAUUGACUCGAAUGGUGCUGUUAAAUUAGCAGACUUUGGAGUUUCUGCAUGCAUGUUUGAUACUGGUGAUCGUCAGCGGUCAAGAAAUACGUUUGUUGGAACCCCAUGCUGGAUGGCUCCUGAAGUCAUGCAGCAAUUGCAUGGAUAUGAUUUCAAAGCAGAUAUUUGGUCGUUUGGAAUAACAGCACUUGAACUUGCUCAUGGUCAUGCACCAUUUUCGAAAUACCCGCCUAUGAAGGUUUUACUGAUGACCCUACAAAAUGCACCACCUGGGCUGGAUUAUGAAAGAGACAAAAGAUUCACUAAGUCUUUCAAAGAAAUGGUUGCUGCAUGCUUGGUAAAGGAUCCAAAAAAACGCCCGAGCUCUGAAAAGCUACUGAAGCACCCUUUCUUCAAACAUGCGCGUUCAAAUGAUUAUUUGUCCCGUAGUAUACUUGAUGGUCUGCCUCCUCUAGGUGAACGUUUUAGGACACUUAAGGAUAAAGAAGCAGAUAUUCUUAUGCAAAACAAGGCAUUGCAUGAGGAUAAGGAACAUUUAUCACAGCAAGAGUAUAUCCGAGGAAUCAGUGCCUGGAACUUCAAUCUGGAGGAUCUGAAGAAUCAAGCUGCACUUAUUCAAGAUGAUGAUAUUAUGAACAUGGAAGACUCGAGUGUACAUGGAACUUGCACAAACAGGCAAGAUGAUGCUGGCUCCCAUGUACCUCCUGUAUAUUCUGAGCAGGCUACCCAUUCUAAUAGGACAGCUCAAUUGGAGGAUGAGCUAAAUGAUAUUGAUGGAUUGGAGAGCUCGUUGUCUGCAUUUCCAAUGAAACCCCUUCAGGCUCUCAAAGGUUGUUUUGAUGUGUGCGAUGACGACAUGGGUUCGGAUAGUCCAAACUCAAGAGACUCUGCACAUUCAGAUCAUGAACAGCAUAGUCAGCAACUGGGAUCUAAUUGUGCCCCAGAUCGAGAAUCAGGAAGAGAUAAUAUUGGAGAUUCUAGCCAAAGGGGAUCCUUAUCCUAUUCAGUCAUUGCAGGGCAUAAAAAAAUUUCCAGUGGCUCACUGCUGCCUGAUAAAGUUCUCUCUCCAAAAAAAUUUAUUGGUGAUGGAGACAGGGACCAUCUACAACCAAGACUUCACUCUGAGCGAAACUAUAGUGGUCCACUGCAGCAUCGACAAAAGAAAGAAUUUAGUUAUUCUGCUUCUGGGGAGGAUGCAUCUGAAGGUGCUUUUGUGGAACGUAGAGGACGUUUCCAGGUCACAUCAGCCGAUCCAAAUCAGAAGGGUCCUGCAAACCACUUCAACUCAAUGUCUAGUGUUUCCCCGAGCCCGACAACACCAGGCUUUUCAGCUUCAUCAGUUUUUUCAUUGUUGCAAUUUAUGUUGCAACAGAAUUCUAUGCAAAGAGAAGAGAUAGUUAAAUUGAUGAAAUAUGUGGAGCAAGUUUCAGGCAAUGCGAGUGAGUUGUCCGAGGCAGAAACAAGCGACGUUUUGCAGAUGAUCCCUAGUUCCUCGAGGGAGCGAGAUCUGCAAGCUCGGGUGAUUCAGAUGCAGCAAAGCAUCGAAUCCCAGGCUGAAGAAUUGCAGAGGCUGAGGACUAAAAAUAGCCAGUUGGAAAGAAAAUUAAGCGCAAUGGUACAAGAGCAUUGAGCCUAAAGGCAACCAGAUAAAGGAAUGCAAAUUCUCGGAACAAUUUAUCCAUCAUCGCUAAAAAGAAAUUGUUGUAGCCUUGCACAAUGUAACGCCCCAGUGCUUGUGUCUGUGUGAAUAUAAAUUGCUCGAUGUAUAAUAUUUCGCCAUUUUCAGACUGGUGUGGUCUGGUCAGGUAUGUAUCAUUCCUAUUGUUCAUUGUGUGUAAA